GAAGGCCAUGUUCGAUCGAUCUAGACAAGAUGAAGAAUGACUACCGCUCGCUACGAAGUACGGCACUCUGCAAGGAGAAAGGGGAUGUAGAUAGAAAGAAGGGGAUGGGGAAAGUAGGUAGGAACAUGCAUGAUGUUGAAAGUUGGGAAUGGUACGUGUAAUGGUAAGCUUUGUUGAAGUAGCUUCGAAGAAAACUCAAGCUGCAAGCAAUCAAGCAAAGAAAGUGGACAAGGAGGACAGCGAGGCAAGCAGGCAUUAAGCGCGCGCGCCAGCAGGAGCAGCGGGAGGGAUAGCAGCAGCUGUAAUGGUAGCGGCAGUCGUAAGCGAUUCUGUUCCCCGUUUCUUCGUCUGCUCUGCCAAGCGAUUUUGCUCUUCCACUCGCUCAGUGCUCCUUCGUUAUAGACUCUGCUCAUUACCGUCCUUCCUCAUCCUCGCCCUCGUCCUUGUCUCCGUUUUGCAAGGGAUCAACGUGCACCGCUCCUUCCCCCUCUCCUUCCUGUCAGGUGGAUCGGGCACUCCGGCUUCGUUUUCGUAUGGAGCCAGUCACUCUGUGAUCUUGCUCAGUCUGACUCGCGAUAAGGGUGGUCGAGAAGGGUGUCGGAAAGAGGCAGGGCGCGGAGCACUGAAGCGCCUUGCAUUGCUGUCUGGCUCUGUCGCCUGCCGCCCUCGUCCUUACCACCACACGGAUGCUCCAACCCCUCGUACUUACUGCGUUUCACACACAGCACCUCCUUGUAGUGCUCGAUCUCUACCUGCCGCCUCUUCUGCACAGAUGCAGGCGGAGCCACUCACUCGUGCAAGAGCUCGUGAACAGAGUGCUUCCCAACCCUUUACCUUCAGCUUUCGACCUGCGGAUGUGCGACCCCCCAAGACCAGAGCGGCAAAGACGACGCUUGUUCCCGAUGCUCUUUUUGGUUUGUCGAAGGCCGCUAUGGAAGAGCGCAUACGUGCCACGGCGACGACAUCAAGCCAAUCGCCUGUAUUCCAGUCCGCUCUACCCACUGAAUUCUCUACCUUCUUUCGAAGAAAAUACUUUGACGGUGUAGCUCCGACAGAAGCAGACAUCAAAGACGAUGCUAAAGAACGCUUCUACCCGGAGUUCUACGAGAUGAAGACAAGUGACAAGAUCCAUGAGCAGGCGAAGGAGCUCGCAGCCGACGAGCAAGCGUGCGAAAUCUUCCACCACAUCAGCGAAGUUGCCCAGGCGAAUGAGCACAAUGAAACAGAGAUCGCCAGAUCCGUCUGCCUUCUGGCCAAGCUUGUGCGCAUAAGGCUCGGCAACAGCGCGGGAAAAUCGGGGUAUGGCACAUUCGUCUUCCAGGGUGAUCGGCAGAUUUCCAACACAAAGAGCUCAACAAAAUAGACAUACUAGUGUCAUUGUCAGGUUCUCGGCGCGGCGACGACCGUUCCUUCUGGUCAGGAGCCGCCUCUUUUGUGGAAGUCAAGGCGAAAGACUACCUUGACUGGUUAGACGACACUGUCCAACGGAUUCUGCA